AUGUACAACACUGGAAAUGAAUCGGUUGGUAGUAGUCAGACAUCUGUCUUGACCAAGAAAAGUUGCCUCAAGAGGACCGAAUCGUCCACCUUUUGCGACAGCGGAAGUGAAUCCUCGUCCAUUUCCAAACCUACCAUGAAGCGUGAAGUUUCCUUCACUGCGGUCGAAAUCACGGAAUACCCCAUGGUUUUGGGUGACAAUCCAGAUUGCGAUGGCAUUCCCAUCCAAAUUGGAUGGAAAGCCCAACAUUCUGAAACUGUUCCUUUGGAUACCUAUGAAGAAGCCAAGAAGGAACCAAGGAAAAAGUCGGACUUGUUGCUGAGUGAAGACAAGCGAAGAAAGAUCGUCGAAGACUUUUCUAGAAAGGAAAUUGACACGGCUGUUCGUGAGGCCAACCAAAUCAAACGGUAUCGAAAAUUCUCGGUGGAUAGCAUGUCGAGCGACGAAUGGGACUACAAGAUGGAACGUUUUGAACGCAAAGUCAAGAAGGUCAUGACACUCAAGUUUUUGAAAUCACCCAAAAAGAACAAGACUUUGAUUGCCCAUAGACAUUCUAUGCCAUCGGUUCCAUCAACCGUUGUCGCCACCAGAUAG